UUAUAAAUAUAUAUAAAAAGGAUUUAAUAGCCACGUAAUUGACCAUAAAGAAUAAUAUCGUCCUGAAAUGCCGCCUUAAAAGUUGCCGAGGAAGAAAGGCAAGCCCCCCCAUCCUUUAUUCCCACACGCAUCCUCCCAACUAGCUUAGAUACCCGAACAAGACACAAUAAUAUAUAAAUAAAUCAUUAAAUACUGAGAGGGAGAAGGGGAAAAAUAAAAUAAACUCAAAUUUGGUAUUCAUUCGUUCAUACCUGAAUUUGAAGAUCUCCGGCGUCCAAUAUGGGCUCUGCGGCGGCCCUGCUGCCUACUCCAGCAUGGCAGCAUCAGCCUUCUUCUUCUUCCCGCCGAUCCUCCAUAAGCCGUCGCCGCAUCCAUCCCGGUCGGCGUUCCAUUUUUCCGGUUGCUCGGCUGUUCGGACCGGCCAUCUUCGAGGCCUCCAAGCUCAAGGUUAUGUUUCUUGGAGUGGACGAUCGGAAGCAUCCGGAGAAGCUUCCACGCACCUAUACUCUCACCCACAGCGACGUCACAGCCCGUCUAACCCUUGCAAUCUCCCAAUCCAUCAACCGGGCACAGCUGCAGGGAUGGUACCACAAGCUGCAGAGGGAUGAAGUGGUAGCCGAAUGGAGGAAGGUUCGAGGAAAGAUGUCGCUCCACGUCCACUGCCACAUCAGCGGCGGCCACUUCCUCUUGGACCUCGUCGCCAAUCUACGCCACCACAUCUUCUCCAGAGAACUUCCGGUGGUCCUCAAGGCCUUCGUCCACGGGGACGGCGGGCUCUUCAGGACCUACCCGGAUCUCGAGGACGCCCUGGUAUGGGUCUACUUCCACUCCAACUCCCCCGACCUCCACAGCGUCGAGUGCUGGGGCCCACUCCGUCAGGCGGCGGAGAUCGGACGGCCGGAAAAGCCGGCUUCGGAUGACUUCGGCGAGGUCGACAAGAGUUGGCCGACGCCGCACCAGCGCUGCCAGACUGACUGCGACUGCUGCUUCCCGCUGCAUACUUUGAUUCCGUGGCCAACCGCCCAGAUGAAGGCUGGCGAGCCGCAAUAGGAGCUCUCCAUACCGACACGUGUCACCAUUUAUAGUAUUAUUUAUUAGAAAAAUUUGAUUGAAUGCAUUAUAUGGAUAGCAUAGGGAUUCUAAAUAUGUACAUAUACAAAUGUUUAUUCAGCUUAUAGCUAAGGCUUCGAUUAAAAUAAUUUUUUAGUAUAAAAUUAAAAUUUUAUACUAAAAAAUAUAAUUAGGCUCUAAGUCUUUACUCUUAAUAUGGAUGCUAUCAGAAUUUUAUACAGAAGAUAAAUUUUAAAUGAUUUUUUUGUUUCAGUUUCUGCAUAUUUACAAUUUACCGCAUGGCUAAAAUAAGAGAGAGAGAGAGAGAGAGAGAGUCGUGGUUGGUUUCAACUCUCUCAAGUGCACAUUCUUGAAGUCUCCGGUUAAAUCGGGGAGCUUGCACGCAUGAGAAUGAAUGAUUCAUGAGAAGGUUGAGAAGCGUACGUUUUCUCCACCAUAUGGGCCCCGCAUAACCAACCAAUCUUUGUCGAGUACUCCGACCGACCUUCUGACCGUAUGCCUCGUCUUCAUCAGGUAUUCACGGAAGGUCGUAAGUUUGUUUGAUGAUACAACAAUUCCUGUAGCCGUGUAGCGUUGCCUUACCCAAUCAAUAAAGAAUUAUUUCAUUUGUUAA